GAGUGGGGGGCUGGUGAAAUGUAUGUAAAGUGUAUCGCAAUAUUUAAUGAAUUAUAGUAGAGAGAGAAAGCAACUUGUGGGUUUGUCCUCUCUUUGUUAUCCUUUCUCAUCAGUAUCUCUUUCUCCCUUCUCUCUCCUAAUCAAUUAAAGUUUCUUUCUUUAAUGCUCUGCCUCUGCAACUUCAUCUACUCCUUUGCAACCCAGAUAUAAGCUUUUUUUAGAUUGUUCAAGGAAGAAGAAGAAGAAGAAGGUAAUGAGUUCGUCUGUUAUGGAUGGUUCUCUCUCUGAAGGACUGGACUCAACGCCAGAGGAAAGAAAAGAACUUGAAGCAGAAACGCAGGCAUCCAAAAGAAGGCAAGUGGUAGAGAAGACGGUGGUGAGGGUGAAGAUAGAAGGGAAUGAUCAGCAGGGGAAGCAGAGGAGUGAAGGGCCACCUUCUGAUUGUUGGUCUUGGAGGAAAUAUGGCCAAAAACCCAUCAAAGGUUCUCCUUAUCCCAGGGGUUACUACAGAUGCAGCACAUCAAAAGGUUGUUCAGCUAAAAAACAAGUAGAAAGAUGCAGAACAGAUGCUUCUAUGCUAAUCAUCACUUAUACCUCCACCCACAAUCACCCAGGUCCUGAUCCAAUUCCCACUACUGAAAAACCCCAAAACCAACCAACUAAAGAUCAUCAACCCACAACCCCCAAAGAAGAAGAAGAAGAAGAGCAGCAACCACCACCACCACCACCACCAGAAAAGGAGCAGGAACCCCCCAAGGACAGUCAAGAAGAAGAUGCAAAUGAAGAUCAUUUCCACUACUCUCAGUCUCCAUUCAACAAUUCCCAAGACAUUAUAAUAAUGGGCAAAAGGGAGAACCCUUUUGAUGAUCAUCAAGAACCAAUUAGUACUGUUCUACUUGAGGAAGAGCCACUCAUCAGUUUUCCUCCUCUGUUGAGCUUCUCAUCAGAUCAGCUUAAAUCAGAAGAAAAUGAUCAUGACUUUUAUGAUGAGCUGGAAGAACUACCUUCCUCCUCCUCCUCUUCUUCAUCUUUCACGAGCAGUUUCCUCAGGACUAGCAAUUUCUUUGAUGAUAGGAUUCUGGUCUACCCUUCCUGAUCCUUGUCUGUUGCUUAGAGAAAUGUGUACUUAUUUUUGUGCAUAUAAAAUUUAUACCCAUUAGUGGUAGCUCCUUAAA